UGGGGUCUUCUGCAAGGGGCUGACCCGCACGCUGCUCAUCUUCUUCGACCUUGCCUGGCGGCUCCGCAUCAACUUCCCCUACCUCUACAUCGUGGCUUCCAUGAUGCUCAACGUCCGCUUGCAGGUUCACAUUGAGAUCCAUUGAAGGCCUUCUGCUGAUUGACAAAGGCGUGUCUUCAGGCUCACCACAUCAGAGAACACACAGCAUGAGGGAUGGAAGAGGGGCUCUCGGCAUCUGCCUCGCAAAAGUGACGGGAGAGGGAGAGGACAUGGACAAACUAUUACAUAGACUUAAAAGAACACAGAAGGAGGGCCCUUGCCCAUCAGACAUACCUUUCUGGUUGAUUAAGCCUGCAGUUGAUGUAAAUGGAAAUUCACAAAAUGAGGAGUUAUCAUUGGAAAUGAGAAAUGAUCUGAGUGAGUUCAACCUCUUGCUUCACAAUGGCAACCAAGUGCUGCCAUCUUUGAACGAAUCAUUAAGGAGAAAUUCAGCAGCGGCUCAGAGCAAGACUGUGGAUCUGUUCUUUGCUCCUGUAGAAGAAGAGUGUUUUGCUGGGGUGUCCUGUGGUGUUGGGGAAGCUCUGGUGAGGGACUGGCUGGGAGGAGGGCCCAGGGCCACUGAUGGCCACAGAGGAUGGUGCCACAAAGGAGAGCCUUGGGAGUCAGGACUACUGUGCCGUCAAAAACCGUCAGAAAUGGGGAUUUCUGAGGAUCAACCACCCAGUGCUUUUCUUGAGGGGCUAGGCCCUGAGUUGGAACCAUCUUGCCUGCAUUCCAUCCUGUCUACACUGCUGCACACACGUCCCGAGGUAUUCCUGAAUGAUGAGACAACUGUUUUCCUUGGCCAUUCAGAGCCUAUGUUUUCAGAGCAAACAGUAGAAUACAAGAAAAUACUUUCAAGUGUAAAAAGUACCUCAAAUGGUCUGCAGAUAACACUGGGUUUACUGGCUCUACAAGCUUUCGAAUUAGCAAAGCCAUUAUGCCAUAGUUAAGGUACAAGCAGAACAAUAAAAAUAGUGAGAUUAAUUUUAAAAAUUGUCAGAAUGAUUUGUUUCGCAUUAAGUCUGGAUGCAAACAGUGCAGCCAUGAAAUUCUUCUUUGGUUUGACCAGACAAACUUAAAAGAAGUGGAAUUUAAACUCAUGGAAAGCUGGUUGAUGUGGAAGGGAAUUUUUGAGAAUGUUCUAAAAUGUGCUUAAAAAGACAUUCAGGAUUGGGAAACCAUUUCCUGGAAAACAUUAAUGUAUCCUAUAUAAAUAUCAGAUUAGAACAUAAAGAUUUAACAUAAAGUUCUUUAUAUAUCUUCAACACCCAUUCUAAAGGGCUACUGUCCCAGAUACCGUCUCUUCAGACUGUGUCUGACCAUCUAACGGAAGUGGAUAUUUGUAAAAGUCACCCCCUCGGUACUUGCUCUAAGCCUUGCUGAGUUGAUGGUAAGCUGUUACCAUUUCUGCAUUUGGUAGAAUAAUUUUGGUCUGCAGCAAAAUUGGAUUUCUUUUCUCACAUCCCUUACUUCCACUUGAAAUGCAAUUUAAAUGGAGGCCCUACGGUGAAAGUUGCAAUAUUAAACUUAGUUUUAGAAUAAUCCUUUCUCAAAGUAGGAACCCUAGCACUGUUGCCUGGAGUAAAAAUGAGCUUGAGACUUUAAGCUGUAGCUCAGUUAUAGAGAGGCAAAUCGAGUAUUUCCGUCAUAGAAAGUUUCCAGUUUAUAGGAAUUGAGGUAGCUUUUACAUUAAGAUUUUUCUGAGGAAACCCCUUUUGUUGUUGAUAACUUUGGUAAACGUCACUUCAGAGCAUAAGUUUUUAAGAAAUCCCAAAGUAAGACUUAAAACAACCACUUUUGGGGUUAUUGAUUGCAUAUAUGUGUGCUAAAUUACUAUGCUGUGUGCUAUCUUAGUGUUUUGGGAAAAUGAAAAAUAAAAUCUGUUCUUUAGCAUAAUAAAUAUUUU